AUGGAGACUCCUCAAGACAGCUGCCAACCUUUCCAAAGGCCUCUGAGUAUGGGAGCCGAGGGGGACCAGGAACAACACCAUGGUGGGAAUGCGGUGGUCUCCCGGGCUGGAGAGGAAGGAGGAGACAAGAAAGGGCUUGUGCUGAGCUGGCUUGCUCAGGGUGGGCUUGAUCAGGGCCAAUGCGCUGAGGGCGAGGUCCCUGGAGGCAAGCUUGCUCAAGAAGAGCCUGCCCAGUGCAGUGUCACUCAGGAAGCCGCAGGAGUAGGAGAGGAGGGAGGAAAGAAGGAAGAAGAAAUGGAAGGAAGGCAUGAUGGCGACGGGGCUUCUAGCUCAGAGGAUGACAUGAUGGAGCAAGAAGGUGUCCAAAACAGGAGCGAUCACCAACUGCCUCAGGGAGAGGCAGCCAUUCCUGAGGGCAGCAGAAAUCAAGCAGCUGGGAUCAGGCCGGCUCACCAAAGAUACAGCCGCUCCAGGUUCACCCAGUCUCAGCUGCGUGACCUGGAGCGCCUUUUCCGAGAGACUCGCUUCCCCACCUUGCGAGUAAGGAGAGACCUUGCACGCUGGAUGGGUGUGGAUGAAUGUGAUGUGCAGAAUUGGUUUCGAAUGAGGAGAUGCCUUUUCCAGCGCAACAGGAGACGAAUAAUGCUCCGCGAACUGCCAGGGAUUCCUGAGAGCGACUCUCCCUGA